AUGUUUAUUCCAGUUGGCGAAGUAGAACCAGGCCUAAGUCCCUACAAUACUCUCAAUGACAACGGAAUGACUUUCGAGUUGGAGAUAACUGCGGCGAACAAGUUCACGAUGGAGUACGUAGAAAAAUAUGAAUUUAAUCCAAAGGGAGACGUUUGUAAAAUUGUCAAACCAGAAGUAUGGACCAUCACAAACACGGAUUUUCGUGAUAAACGUCUAUUCGUCUUCAGCCUGCUUUCACGGAACGCGACCUUUGUAUUCGAUGGGAUUACGACUGAAAAUCCACCAUAUUGUGAGCUCUUCGUUCAAUUUGUAAGGAUUGAACAAAAUUUAAAAUAA